UUUUGAAAUCCCUGUCAUGGGUUGGAUUCAUAACUGACUUAAACACAAAUCGGAGAGUCAUGUUUUUUCAAUGUCUAGCAUAAGUGAUGCCACAAAAUUUUUGUUUUUUGUCAGAAAGUAUCUCAGGAGAGGAAAAUUAUUAUUGAUAAUUCGUUUGAAAUUAUUGUUUGGCCCGUUCACGUCCUAGACGUUUGUUUGUGUGAUAUGUUGGUAGGCUAAAGGGAAGAUGAGACCCAGGACUAAACCGGGCCGCGUUAAGAAACGACCAAUGACUAAAUCCAGGAAUAUUUUGAGUAGAGUGAAACGAAAUCGGAGACCCCAAAAUAAGAUAAUAAGGACAUCGAAGACCAGACGAAAGCCUCGACCCGGUAGGAACCCAUGCGCUUCACCAUCUUCGACGUCGAGUGAUAUUCAGCCCAAUCUCCCAGUGCAUUCUCCGAACUUGGAACAAUCACAGCAAACGAGACGCCCUGGCACUCUUUUUGAAAGAAUUACGCAACCAUUCAAGAAAUUCAGGGAUACUUUACGGUUCCCAUAUUAUUUGAGGAGCAUGUCGUCAACACCAUCAACCGAUAUUAUAUUUGAUUCUCUUCCUGCAAUAACUUCUUCGGACCGCAAGCGAACUUCUUUCUAUACCUCAAACACAUAUAAUCCGAACAAAGAAAAAAGGUCCCCUGGAAAACGAAUGGUCAUAAUUGAUGGAAGUAAUGUGGCAUAUGCGCACUCUUGCAACAAAUUUUUCUCUGUAAAAGGAAUCGAUAUAGCUUUACAGUACUUCGAAAGAAUAGGCCAUGAAGCGAAAGCAGUUGUACCUCAACAUCGGCUACGGAAGUUUGCGGCUUCCGAUCCCCAAUUGUUGGCGGCGCUUCAUCGUCAAGGAAAGAUAGUACUGACCCCAUGUAAAAACUUGCCAGGCAAGAGUACGGCCUCGUAUGAUGACAGAUUUAUAUUACAGUUGGCUGUGGAGUUUGACGCCGCUGUUGUAUCAAAUGAUAAUUUCAAUGAUUUGAUCAAUGAGAGUCCAGCAUUCAAGAAAGUUAUUGAGAGUCGCGUAAUUGGAUACACGUGGUGCAAGGAUAUGUUCAUGUUACCGAAGGAUCCAUAUGGCCGUUCUGGCCCAAAUCUAGCCACGAUUUUGAAUCGUUCAUGAACGAUCUAUUUUAAAAGUGUUUUGUAUUUUAUAGAUUAUUUAUGAAAAUCGGUAGUGUGGAAAGAACUACAUAAAUUAAUUAUAAGUUAUGAAUAAAAUUAUUUUUGA